AGAAAGAAAGUAUCAUUUGGAUGCUUUUAAACGAAAUUUUCUACUUCUGAUGACAGUACCCCGUGUCUACUAAUCCCUUCUAUAACCAGAUCCAAUUUAAGCUUAUUUACUAAUUCUAAUACCUCUAUUGUUUUGCUCUCUUCUGCAUUCAAUCUCUUAUUGUUGGUUCUUUCACCUUAAACUAGGAAUACUCGGCUGUCAAGAAAAGGGCAGUUUGCCUUUUCUAUCAAAGAAGAACAGAAGAAGAGUUUAACAACACUCAACACUACCUAUGGGUCGUGGAAAGAUAGAGAUCAAGAGGAUCGAGAACCCAACUAACCGUCAGGUCACCUUCUCCAAGAGGCGGGGAGGGCUCCUCAAGAAGGCAAAAGAGCUUGCGAUACUGUGCGAUGCGCAGGUUGGGGUUGUCAUCUUCUCCAGCAGUGGCAAGAUGUUUGAGUAUAGCAGUGCACCUUUAAGCAUGCGUCAAAUUAUAGAUAGAUACCAAAGAGCUACUAGUACUCGCUUUGAGGAGAUUGAUAACCAACAGCAAAUAUUCUGUGAGAUAUCAAGGGUGAGGAAUGAAAAUGAUAAGCUUCAAGCUAGCAUGAGGAUGUACACUGGAGAGGACUUGAGCUCUAUGACCAUGAAUGACUUGAAUCAGCUCGAACAGCAGCUGGAGUUCUCGGUUAACAAGGUCCGAACAAGGAAGCAUCAGUUACUGAACCAACAGCUAGACAACUUGCGUCGCAAGGAGCACAUCUUAGAAGAUCAGAACAGCCAUUUGUACCGCAUUCUAUCAGAGCACCAGGUGGCAAUGGAGCAUCAGCAGGCUGCCAUAGAGCACAAGGUGCCGGAUGUGCCGAUGCUGGAGCCCUUUGGGCUGUUCUUCCAGGACGAGCCAUCGAGGAAUUUACUGCAACUUUCACCCCAACUGCACGCAUUCCGUCUCCAGCCAGCGCAACCCAACCUGCAGGAGGCCAGCCUCCCAGACCAUGGCCUGCAGCUGUGAGUCCCAAGCUCCAAGAGGGAAAAAGGGAGCAGGUGAAGAGAAUCUGAGAUUGGAUAUCAUCAUCUCUCUGUUAGAUUUAUCUAUAUCUUAUAAUACAAACUGAGGGCUUGUCUUUAUUUCUAUAUUUAUGUGGUCUGGGAGUUUGCGGAUUUCAUACAUUUGGUUGGUUUGUAAUAUUAUAUGCGUCAGUUGGAAAGGAUGAUACUAUUCAUGCUC